AACAGAUGGACACAGAUAUUUCUACCUGUUUGUUUAGUAGUGGAGCGGAGGCUGAUGACAAUGGACGUGUCUGUGCAUCCGGGAGCUCACUCUUGUACAGUGAUAGUGAUGGGGAGACUGAUAACAACAGAAGUCUGAUUGAUUGCACACUAAAUCAACUUGAAGAGUUAAGGCCAAGUUUGAGAACUAAACAAAUCAGUCCAAAAACAAGGCUUUCAAGUUUACAAGCUCUUCAAGACUUAAGACCAAGCAAGAGGAAUGAAGGUGUGAAAAGACAACGCCAAUAUCCUGGAUGGACACUAAUUAAAUGUGGGGGAUAUUACAAGUUAAGCCUUGGGCUAAGUGGUCAUCCUGCAGUAGAUGCCAGUGGGACAGAGUAUCCACAUAUAUCAGGAGCCCAGUUUUCCUCAGGUGGAAACCUUUUAACAAUCAUAAAAGAAGAAACCAUUGGAACAGUAGUAGCUGUAGCAACAAUGGAAGACAGACACUGGGAGGGGGUGAAAAGAAUUUUCAAUAAAUAUGAAGAAAGGUCACCCAACAAUAGCAUACCACAGAAGGCAAUCAGCAAAGCUGAAUCUGGAUCACUGGCUUCGGCCAUCCAAUGGAUGAGCACCAAAACAAAACAAACAAAAUGGAUUGAACAGUGGGAUAAGUGCCCAGAUGUUCUUAAGUGGGAAGAGGCAGUUGCUGCAAGUUUGGUACAACUGUCCGAUUUGGAUGAUUUCUUGGAACUAAAGCUGAAUCCUACAAAUCUUGAGAGAUUCAAAAUCUGGGCGAUUGGACUUUGCCAAGGCACUCAAGUGGAUGAAUUAAAAAUAUCAAUUGAAAUUACAAAGCACGGAGAAUUAGUGAACUGUGAUAGUACAAGAUUACAAGCAUUUCUUGCACAGGAGAAGCACAGAAUUAAAAAAGAAUAUCUGCUAAAAUACAAUUCUGAUGAAUGAACUAAGAUAUUUCACCAUGUCAACCAAAAAUUGUCAUACACAUGACACUUGAUUCAAGAGUUAUAAUGUAGUACUAGUGCACCUGUUGUAUUCUCCCAAUCAUUUUCAGGUUGAAAUUAUUAUUAUAUGGUUUGAUCAUCAGAUGAUAUUCACUUUGAAUAAUUUAGCUCGUGUGUAAGUUCUUCAAUCACUUGAGUAAGCACUAUAAAGUAUAAUAGCUGAAUACUGCAUCAUCCAAUGCUGAGUCAGGCUUAUCAAUUCCAUGUAUCUGUGUAUAUCCGUUAUGAAUGAACCAUUCACAUAUUAAUCUCACUUUAAAUUUUGAUACUCUAGUAUUCAAUCUAGGCUGUAAUUUCCAUAUUGCUCCUCAAAUAGUUCCAUUUGGUGUUUCUAACCUCGGGUAGAAUAUAAGUGGCACAGCAAAGAUGGUGGUGGUUGAAGAAUGAGUUUCUGAAAAAAUUUCAGAGAAUAAGCAUUUACAAUCUAAUCACUUGAUGGAAAUUUAAACAUAAUAUAUGUCCUCAUAGACUAUUGCAUUUUAUAUGCAAGUCAAGUAAAGGCUUUAAAGGUCCAGAUCUUUUAAGGUCUAGGCAAUGUUUGGGAGUAAUUGUACAUUACUACAAAAUUGUAUUGUUAUUGUUCUACAGUAUUCUACUAUAACAAUACAAUUUUGUAGUAAUGUACAAUAACAGACAUUUAAUAAUGUACAUAGUUUCACUGCAAUUACUGCAUGACAGAGCAUAAGGUGGGGUAAAUCUACAUGUUACAUUUUUAUGCAGUCCUCUUUGGAGUAGCAUAUUAUUUUUAGUAAUUUACAUAUCAGGGUUUUCACUAGAAUUUUCAAAAACAAGGAACAUAACUGUCAAAUUUAAUGGAAAUCAUGAAUUUAGAAUAAAAACAGGCGUUUUUUGAAAACAACCAGUGAAAAUAGUCAGUUGCCUGCAUAUCAUUUCAUUGUGUUGAGAAUAUAAUCAGUC